AUGUACCGAUUGUCCUCCCAGGAUCCUAUUCUUGACCUAAAAUUCAGUAAAGACUCAAGACGGCUGUACGAUGUUCGAGGGACUUACGGGAAUGUGUGGGAGCCCAACACCCUCGUUCGUCUAGCAGAUAACUCAGAAAUCAUCGAACGCAACAGCGACAGUGCGAGCAUUUCUGGGAGUUUUGUCACCGGUUCCACAAACCCAGAGCAUUGGUUUGGAAAGAUUGAUACCGUGACAGCCAUUGGCGCACAAAGAGCAGGCUCACUUUACUGCUAUGGAACCGAAGAAGGUGUCCUGAAUCUCUGUGAAGUGGGCAGGGGCCUAAUUGGAGAGCUGGAGCGACCCAAGGGCCUCAUGUCUAUUGAACAAAUCACUUGGAGUGGAGAUGGAAGGCUUAUUGCAUUUUCCGAUCUCAGUGGGAAGAUAACGAUCAAGUCUAUAACGAGGAGUACCGAGAAUGGCAAAUUGUGGAAUAUCGACCCUGUGAUGGUUAUCUUUAUUGCCCUAACUUGGCCCAAAUUCUUCUACAAGUCUCUAUUCGUCUAUCAGCCGCCCAAAAAAAGCUUCAUCAUUUGCUGGUGCCCGUCAAAGCCAUUACCCCCGUCUCGAAUUCGCAGCUUGGGUUUUGACGACCCCGACAAUGGCAAAUUGCGAUGCGCCAUCGUACGAGUAGAGGUCGACUUACGACUGCAGAUCCCUCUUUCCUUGCUUCCCGGCGACAAACUCGUUUUUCUUGACGAAAAUUACUGGCUAUGCACUUGGGGGCUGCCAACGUCCACGAAUGCCGGCCGCAGGCGAAGCAGUACUAGUACUAUCAAGGCCAGGACAACGAAUGUCAAGCGGCAUUACUUCCUCCCUGGGGAUUGGAUCAACUCGGAUAGCGCGACCCUUUGCUGCGUUAUGUCUGAUGGUACUCUUUUGUACCCAAGAAAUGGAGAUGUCGCUGUCGUUCAAUCCGAAACGGUAAAACCGGGAGGCAGGCUACUUUAA